AUGUGGGGACAAAAGUCACCCAAAAAGGUCCCAAAAAGCACCCCGAAGGACCCAAAGGGACCCAAAAGCACCAAAAGAGACCCAAAACCCACCCAAAGCAACCCAAAAAGACACCAAAACCACCCCAAAAGCACCCAGAGGGACCCAAAAACCACCCCAAAGGAGAGGGACCCAAAAGGACCCAAAAUCCAGCCCAAAGGACCCAAAAAGGACCCAGAGGGACACAAAAACUACCCAAACAACCCCCAAAACUGCCCAAAGUGA